GCCUCUUGCGAACACAACCGGCGAUGGAGGCGGUGGAACUACCUUUCUCUAGAAGAGACACGUACAUGCACACCCCCACCGUGUAGCUUGCCGGGAAACUGAGUCUUCCCGAUUUCGUGUGGCUGUCUCCAAGGAGGAAACGAACUACGCAUCCCAAGAUGCAUCGCGCAUAGGCAAUAUGGUCCCGCUACUGGACCCAUUUCCUACCUGGGAAAUGGAGUCGAAGCUGACUCAAAACGUAACGGCCCAAUUGUCCUUGAGACUUCAUUCCCCAGCAAGCUCAGCGUGUAACGUGCGCUAUGGAGCCGAAAGUCGCAGAGCUGAAGCAGAAGAUCGAGGACACGCUAUGUCCUUUUGGCUUCGAGGUUUACCCCUUCCAGGCUGAGGCCUAGACUGGCCCUCUCCAGCCUGGCCUGAAUUUUCUGUUUCAGGUGGCAUGGUACAAUGAACUCUUGCCUCCAGCCUUCCACCUACCGCUGCCAGGACCUACCCUGGCCUUCCUGGUACUCAGCACGCCUGCCAUGUUUGACCGGGCCCUCAAGCCCUUCUUGCAGAGCUGCCACCUCCGAAUGCUGACUGACCCAGUGGACCAGUGUGUGGCCUACCAUCUGGGCCGUGUUAGAGAGAGCCUCCCAGAGCUGCAGAUAGAAAUCAUUGCUGACUACGAGGUGCACCCCAACCGACGCCCCAAGAUCCUGGCCCAGACAGCAGCCCAUGUGGCAGGGGCUGCUUACUACUACCAACGACAAGAUGUGGAGGCUGACCCAUGGGGGAACCAGCGCAUAUCAGGUGUGUGCAUACACCCCCGAUUUGGGGGCUGGUUUGCCAUCCGAGGGGUAGUGCUGCUGCCAGGGAUAGAGGUGCCAGAUCUGCCACCCAGAAAACCUCAUGACUGUGUACCUACAAGAGCUGACCGUAUCGUCCUACUCGAAGGCUUCAAUUUCCACUGGCGUGAUUGGACUUACCGGGAUGCUGUGACACCCCAGGAGCGCUACUCAGAAGAGCAGAAGGCCUACUUCUCCACUCCGCCUGCCCAACGAUUGGCCCUAUUGGGCUUGGCUCAGCCCUCAGAGAAGCCUAGUUCUCCCUCCCCGGACCUUCCCUUUACCACACCCGCCCCCAAGAAGCCUGGGAAUCCCAGCAGAGCCCGGAGCUGGCUCAGCCCCAGGGUCUCACCACCUGCCUCCCCUGGCCCUUGAUACCUUUCUCCCAUGUAGACCCUGAUUUACGGUGGUACUUGCUAGGACUUAAUUGGCUUUGGCAAAGCAAAAGGUUUUGAGUACAAGAUUACUAUUUUUGAUAAUAUAGUAGAGAUCUUCCAUGAAGGUAACAAGGCUCAAGGAAGUUAGGUUUGGCCAAGAUAAAGGCCAGGGAACCAAAAUUCCCAUCUGCCUUCAAAUGAGUUUUUUUUUUUUUUUUAGACAAGAGUCUUACUCUGUCACCUAGGCUGGAGUGCAGUGGCAGUCUCUACUCACUGCAACCUCUGCCUCCUGGGUUCAAGCAAUUAUCUGCCUCAGCCUCCUGAGUAGCUGGGAUGUCAGGUGCCUGCCACUACACCUGGCUAAUUUUUUGUAUUUUUAGUAGAGAUGGGGUUUCAUCAUAUUGGCCAGGCUGGUCUUUAACUCCUGACCUCGUGAUCCACCCAUCUUGGCCUCCCAAAAGUCCUGGGAUUACAGGAAUGAGCCACCGCACCCAGCCAAGACUCUAUCUGUUCCCAUUUCUAAGCAGUGCCCCAAGAUGUUGUUACAGGGCCUAAGGGGCAAAUAUCCUCUAAAGAGUACCUAGCAGCAGGGUGUGGUGGCUCCCGCCUGUAAUCCCAGCACUCUGGGAGGCCGAGGCAGGUGGAUCAUGAGGUCGAGUUUGAGACCAGCCUGGCCAAUACGGUGAAACCCCGUCUCUACUAAAAAUGCAAAGUUAGCCGGGCAUGGUAGCGCAGGCCUGUAGUCCCAGCUACUCAGGAGGCUGAGGCAGUAGAAUCAUUUGAACCAGGGAGGCAGAGAUUGCAGUGAGCCGAGAUUGCAUGGCUGCACUCUAGCCUGGGUGACAGUGUGAGACUCUGUCUCAAAAAAAAAAAAAAAAAAAGUACCUACCUCAGGUAGGGACUGAAUAAACACGUGUAAGGCACUUUGGAAAAAUACCUGGCAUAUAGUAAGCAGUAUGUUGGCCAUUACCAAAGGCCCCGGGAAUUCUGUACUGCUGCUCAUGGGUGUAGUCGGUUCUAGAGGGGUGGGCAGGUGGGAGUAGCUGAGGAAGACAAGUGGCUGGAAUGGCAUCACAUGAUACACAGAAGUAUCCUCAGUUCUGAAUCUACCUUGGCCUCAAGGGCCCAGGAGAAUAACUUUUCCCAGCUGACAGCCUCUCUGAGGACAAUGACAUAUGAAUGAGGAUCAAAACGAGCUUUGGCCAGGCACUGUGGCGCUCACUUGUAAUCCCACCAUUUUGGGAGGCUGAGGCGGAGGACCGCCUGAGGCAAGGAAUUCAGAACCACUCUGGGCAACAUAAUGACACUAAAAAAGACUAUCUCUAAUCAAGGCUAGAACCAAGGGAAGGCUAAGAAUUGCCCAGUACUGUGCAACUACUGAAAGCCCUACCCAAGGCCACCAGCCUUGUCUUCCUCUUUCCUCUGUCAGUUCAAAAGGAACACAAACCUCCAGCUCUUUUACAUAGCAGGUACCAGGCAUUUAUCAGAAGAGGCCAAGCUUCUGGUUCCCAUGCAGCCCUUUGAAUAGUGUGUCUAAACAAAAAUAGGUGUCCAAGUAGUCACACUGAGACUUUAACUGGUAACCCAGCCUGUGGCGUCAGUCGCAGUGCUCUGGCCAACACUAUAGCAGGGCUUAUUCUUCUCCCUCAUGUGUAGUGAAACAAAAUGUAACACCUUGGGUUCAUUCAGUUCCAUUCCCUAUGUCUACCUGUGUCAAUAUAAUUCCCUGAUUUGGAGGCAGCUCUCCUCAUUUUCCCCAAAACAGGGAAAGCAAGGAGUAAAUUCCUCUUAAAAUCAAAAGCUAAUAAUAUGCUUCCUAAAAUAAAGACUCAUCAAGGUCUCA